ACACAUCAGUGUCCCGCCCAUCUGGCUCCAGCGGAUCAACUCUGAUCAGCUUCUGAAGUUUAUUUUCAUCAUUUCUGUAUGGAAAAUAUUCCAGCCCUCAAAGGAGUAAAAAUGCAGAAAAAGGACAAGAAGACGAGCGGCUCGCCUCCUAAAAAGGAGAAGAAGAAGUCCUCUGAGGAGCCGCCGGACGGCGAGGACUCGGAGCGAGAGAAGAGUUUGUUUCUGUCUCAGAUUAGCUUCCUGGACGAAAAGCUAGAGAGGUUCCAGCUUCACAGCGAUGAACUGAAGGAGCAGAAGAAGGACAUCGUCCUGAAGUCCGGCGCUCUGCAGAAGGACACCAGCGACAUCCUGGAGUACCUGCAGCACUACCUGUCUGUGCUGGAGAGGGACGAGGAGGAGCUGAAGGCCAAGGUGGAGCGACAGCUGCAGGGCGACCAACAGAAAACUGAGUCCUUGGAGCAGCUGCUGAGUACAGAGAGACAGGAGCUGCAGGACAAGUUGGACCAAAUGAGCUCAGACAGAGACAACCAGGCCGCCAGGAUAGAGGAGCAGCGGCUGCAGCUGCUGGAACAGGAGCGGAAGAUCAACAUGAAGAAAACUCUGGACAAGGAGCUGAUCUUCCUGGAGCAGCAACACGGAGCCGAGAUCAACAAGAUGUACAUGGAGAAGCGGGAGAUCAUCGACGAGAUGAAGCAGAACGUGAUGAACAGCAUCAGGCAGAGGGUCAAGGCCAUGAUCCAGGAGGAGACCGAGCUGCACCAGAAGCUGCGCGCCGAUGUCGAGUCUCUGUCGCUGCGGAGUUUGGUGCUGCUGUGGAGGAGAAAGUCUGAGCACAGCAGGAUGGAGCGUCUCUGUCAAACGUCCAUAAAGAUCCGAGUCAUGAUCCACAAGAUGACCCGCAAAAUAUUCAUCCUCAGGAAGGAAUCAGUGAAGCUGAGGAGGAGAUGCAAACUGCUGACGGGUCACAUCAACGAGCUGCAGAGCUCCAGGGAGAGCCUGCUGGGCUACAAGGAGGCCUACAGGUCCUGCCUGGCCUCGGGGUCAGAGGAAUGCCGUCAGAAAGCGUUGGCCGUUGUUCUGCUGCUGGAGCGUCUGCAGAGGGAGCGCAGCAGACGGAGGGACCUGGAGGGAGACCUGAAGACAGCCGUGUCCGUCCUCACAGCCAUCGCCAUGGACUCUGAGAAAAUCCCCGGCGCUCAGCCGAGGCUGCAGCACCUGCUGCAGCAGAUGGUCACCAGGGAGCUGCAGGACGCAGAGACGGCCGACCUCACCGGGUCCUCUGACCAGACCGCUGGACCGCCGAGAGCUGAGGGCUCUGAGCCCGAACCGGCCAGCAGAGACGAGGAGGAGGAGGAGGAGGACGCGCUCUUCCUCAUGGCCAAACUCAGACCAGGAGACCUCUACCUGGUUCCUGGACCAACAUGGACGCCCAGAACCGCUUCGUCCCAACGCACCCUGACGCCCAGAAACAGAGUGAAGCUGCCUCCCAUCCAGAAGAGUCUGUUUCAGACGGCGCUGCAUGAGUGGAUGGGAUGAACUGAUGGAGCUGCUGCAGCUCAGGACCUCAUUUUGAUUCAACUGGAGAUUUUCUUCUGUUUACCUCAAACUAUCAAAGUUGAAUAAAAACCAGUAGUUUAAAGAGA